AAUUCCAGAUUCAGUUCCAGGUCCUUUGUCAUUCACGGCGUUUCUAUUCUGUAUCAUUUGUUUUGUUUGCCGGUUUCCAAAGUUACCGUUUUGCAGAACUCGAGCAAACCGUGUCUUUGGCUUUCUGCAUUGUUUGAGCUUCAUCUUUUCGCCCAACAGUAUCGACGUCAGUAGAUCUUGAUUCGCAAUAAAAACUCAAAGAAAAAAACAUCAUUAUAAUACGUUAAGUUAAAGUACAUUGAUUGUUGAAUAAGUUACAUGAUAGCAAGUGUUGUUAGACAUAUACCGCUAUGACGCUUUUUAUGUUUUAUGAUAAAAAGGUGCUCGUGCUUGAAUAUUGAUUUUUGUUCAAUAAUGUUGAAGAUUACAUGUAUGUAAAAAUUGAAGGAAUAUAUUAUGUUCAAAUAGUGUGUUCAUGUGUAAUUUUCAGAUGAUUAAUGAUUGUGUACUUCAUUAACAUUCUUGCUCGCAAAUCCGUCACAAAACUGUUGACCCACGGCUACAAAACAAAAUAAACUAAAAAAUCGCAUAACAAUCGAACCCAAAACUAUCGUGGUAGGCUGUAUGGACAAAUGGUUCGGAGAAAAACGCUUAUGGUUGUUUGGAAACCAUCUGCCAUUACUUCCCCGAAGAUGGACCUCUGGAGAGUCAAGUGCAAGAAGUGCUCUAAAAGCAUUAGCAGAAAGGUCACGUGGCAGUAGCAGGAUGGAUCGAUAUGAAAAACUUAGCCGAUUGGGAGAGGGAUCUUACGGAGUGGUUUAUAAAUGUCGAGAUCGUGAAACUGGCUCACUGGUAGCCGUCAAGCGGUUUGUGGAAUCUGAAGAUGAUCCAGCCAUAAGAAAAAUAGCUUUGAGAGAGAUACGGCUGUUAAAGAAUCUCAAGCAUCAAAAUCUCGUGUGUCUACUGGAAGUAUUCCGACGUAAACGAAGGCUCCAUCUAGUGUUUGAGUUUUGUGAACAUACAGUGUUGCAUGAACUUGAACGACAUCCGGAGGGUUGUCCCGAUAAUCUUACUAAACAAAUUACAUUCCAAACUAUCCAAGGUGUCGCAUAUUGUCACAAGCAAGGAUGCUUACAUCGUGACAUUAAACCGGAAAAUAUUCUACUGACUGCUCAAGGACAAGUCAAGCUAUGUGAUUUCGGAUUCGCACGGAUGUUAAGUCCUGGAGAAAACUAUACAGACUACGUUGCAACACGUUGGUACAGAGCUCCAGAGCUACUGGUUGGCGAUACCCAAUACGGGACACCCGUCGAUGUUUGGGCGAUCGGGUGCGUCUUCGCAGAGCUUGUACGUGGUGAUGCGCUCUGGCCAGGAAGAAGUGAUGUAGAUCAACUUUAUUUAAUACGACGCACAUUGGGUGAUCUUCUACCUCGGCAUCUAGCAAUAUUCAAUCAGAAUGAGUUCUUUAAAGGUAUAACACUACCAGUUCCUCCAACUCUAGAAACGUUGGAAACCAAAAUGCCCUCAAAAACAUUAUCCAGUCCGGCAAUGAUGGAUUUUCUAAAGAAAUGUCUAGAAAAAGACCCUGCUAAGCGCUGGUCAUGCGAGCGUCUGGUUACACAUGAAUUUUUUGAAGAUUACGUAAGCAAACAAAAGGAGAUAGAGCACACCAUCACACUUGAGAAACAAAGCAGUCGCGAAUUGAAAUCAAAAGUUUCCAACACGUCGCUGCCUCAACUCACAACGACUCAAGAAUCUCGAGUACCACAGAAAAAUCUAUAUCUUCGUUCUGAUCAUCACCUCCCAACGAUUUAAAAACUAGCAGCCUUAUGCUGGUUUUCUAUUCUUAAAACGAAUCUGAAUUAAAUUACUAUGGAAUAAACUAUUAAAUAUCCUCAAAAAUCCUCAUUCAAACAAAGGAUAAAUCUAUACUUAACAUUUCGCUCAAUAAAGGAAGACGAGCAGUACAGAAUUUAAAAGUAGUAAUAAAGUUAUGUAUUCGGUUUGUUGAUUUU